CAGUCCACCAAAUUAACAAACGGUUAAAUACAACAUGGCCGCAAAUGUCGAAAAUAUUCCAUCAAGCGCUAUUGUAAUCGAACGCCCAUAUACUUCAUCUUUGCCAGCAGAAAUAGUGGCAAACAUAUUUCAAUUGUUACCAGCAAAAAGUUUAGUGGCUGCUGGGUUGGUCUGUAGUCGAUGGAGUGAACUUGCGGAGAAAGAAUUGACGCGGAGAACGGCGUUUGUUAGUCGGAUGUUUAAAGACAGUCAGGAGUUAAGACUAAAUGGAACGAUGGAAAACAUGGAAAAGCAGGUGUACAAGUUUCUCAACGAGCUAUCAGUAGUUCCUGCUGCUGUUGUUAUUGCAAGUUUUCCCAAACUGUCGAAACAAAAUCGUGAGAAAUUCAAGAAAUUUUGCGUCAAAGUUGCUUUGGCAUUGCCGAAGGAAUGUGCGAUUAUUGUUGGUUUGCAUAAGAUUCAUGCAAAAAGUCUAAUGGGCGAGAACAGUUGUGGACUGCCUGAAGAAGUCGAAAAUGAUGGCAUAUUAAAGGUUUCUCUUCUGGUAAUUCCUAAAGCAAAGGAUAUAAACAUCACAAAAGUUUAUGUUGACACUGAAGUGCUAAGAACGAAGAAAGAGUACUGGCGCGAAAAACUUCGUCCAGAUAAGAAAUUUGUAUUUUUAUUGGCGAGCAGCAGAGCGUACAAGUGCGUUCCAAAGAUUUACGAGAUUUUGGACAAGAACGUUGUGCUUUGUGGUGGAUUUCUUGAAAUGGUAUUUGCUGUGAAUGGUAAUUCAAUGAAAUCGUAUCCAGUUUGUGCCUUGGCAGUUGGUGGAAAUGUUGACGUUUACAGUCGUGUUGUUUCAUAUGACGACGUGGAAGAUCAAAACUCGUGGACUUUUUGUUCAUCGCUUCGCGAAAUGCAAUUGCCCAUCGACCACAAGUUGCAUUCAAGCGUCUGUUUUCUCAUGAAAUGUGUAUAUUUCUUCACCGAGAAGAUGUCACUCGAGAGUUCCCGUGACUUUCGUCGAGAGUUUCCUCGCAUGAAAGUCUUUGGGUUUUCCUCUUCCGGAGAGAUCUGCUCACAUAGCACGAAGGUUGCUCUCGAGAAGCCUGGAAACAACUCGAAAUUUCUUUAUAUUUACAGUCUGGUCAUUUGUGUUUUAAGAUAUCGACAAUAAUGCUAAAUUUACUGAACUACAAUGAAAACCAAAGUUACACGUCGCCAAUUUUGUAAAUAUGUACGUCAACAGUUUUACUCGCCCCAGUUCUUUAGCCCAAUCCUUUCACACGAAAUUUUAUUUACUGUAGUCAGCAUAGCCCACAUUGUCGCACAUAAACACGUUGAUGUUGUAGAAGUUAAAUCUCAAUGAGAAAUGUUGGCAUAAUUUCGUGAGAGUACAAUGGUUAUAAGACGUUUAAAAUAGACGACAAAUUUCUUAAUAGCAAACAUGUUUCGUUAUACUUUGGCUUGAACUUGAUUUCUAUUUGUAACGUUAGAUACACUUGGCUGAGAGGAGUAUUUUUCAUAUAGAUAUUUUGGUAUCCCAGCAAUGUCAGAUUUCAUACAUACGUACUUAGAAUUCAGUGAUUUAGCGAAAUAGUCAAUAUUGAUCUUCGCAUGUGUACCAAAGUGUACCACAUGUGUACCAAAGUAUACAGGAGGGCUAACACCUACGACUCAAGGUUAACACAAUUAGAAACGAGUCAGCCAUAAAAAGAGCAUGUUCAUAAAUAAAGACGUCCAUUCCUCAUUUGGAUGAAACACAUUAAAUUGUUUUUUUUUGUUUUC